GUCAUGACACUGGUGCGUUUCCCAGAGACGGAGUGAGAGUGAGCAGGGACUAGAGGCGAGGAUGCUGUGCUGGGGCGAGGGAGCGUCUGUUCGGGAAGCGCUGCUGGGCAGCGGGGAUAACCGAGACAUCUCUGAACCCACCGAGCUGGAAUGUCUACGGGACCGACCGGUGAAGGAGGUUUCGUGCGGGGCCGGACACUGCGUGUUGCUUCACACCGACGGCAAGGUGUACACUUGCGGAGAGAACGAUAGCGGGCAGCUCGGGAGGAAAGCGGGCAAGUGUGCCUUGGGGCAAGUCGAGGCUCUAAAUACACGGACAGUUGUCCAGGUGGCCUGUGGAUGGCGCCAUACACUGGCUCUUUGUGAAGAUGGAUCUGUCUUUGCCUGGGGAGCUGGGAACGAUGGCCAGCUGGGCAGCGGGGAGUGCCAGGAAUUUGUUUCUCAACCAAGGAAGGUGACGCAACUUGAAGGUCCUAUUGUUCAGGUUCGAUGCGGCCAUUCCCACUCCCUGGCUCUUUCUCAAGAUUGUACAGUCUAUUCCUGGGGACAGAACAUUUACGGGCAGCUGGGAAUUAAAACAAGCUUGAAGAAGCAGCCCAGUCCACAGAUUGUGAGGCGUCUGCGUGGGAUCCCAGUGGCCCAGAUAACUGCAGGGGAAAGUCACAGCUUUGCCCUCUCUCUAUCGGGUGCAGUCUACGCAUGGGGGAGAAAUGACUGUGGACAGCUGGGGCUCAAAGACACAGCAGAUAGCCACGACCCAUGCCUUGUGCAACAACUGAAGAAGCUCAAUGUGAACUAUAUCUCCUGUGGCAACAAACAUACUGUUGUUGUAACUAAGGAUGGAGAUGUAUUCACAUGUGGAGACGGGAAUGUGACCUUUCAAAAGGUGAAGCAAGUCAAGGGCAAGGUUUCCCAGAUAGCUUGUGGAAGCUUCCACACACUCGCCUACAUCCCCUCCUCUGAUCUUGUUGUUUCCUUUGGCUCUGCAAACCGAGAUAUAACGAAGAAAGGUUCAUCAAAAGAUCAAGGUAAUCAUACUACAGGAACUCACUCUUGA